AAACAAAAUUACAUAAAAUCAUGGAAAUUAUGACAAAUAAGCUAAAUCACUUUAUAAAUAAUAGUAUAUAUAUAGAUUCUAACUGAGCAAAUCUCUUAUAUACUAAAGCGCAAGUCGCAUAACCAAUCAAAUUUUAACAUUUGGCAUUUCUUAUAUAUUUUUUAAAAAAAUCAAAUGCAGUAAAUAAAAUUAAAUGAAAGAAAUGCCAAAUGUUAAUCUUUUUUAUAGCAAAUCCUUAAUAUUUCUAACACUACCUCCAUGAUCUCUUCACGAUCUUCAAAACAGUUAAUCUUUUUUAUAGCAAAUUUACUCAACGAUUCUAUAAAAUUCAGAUUCAUCUCUACCUAAAUUUUCCUAAGUAUUUGCAGUAGCUCCACUGAUUCUCUCUAUUUUGUUAAAGUGAUGAAAUUUCAGUUUUUUUUUUAAUUUCUACUAACUAGAUUUUGACCCGCGCUUUCAAAGCGCGGGAUCGUUUCUUUUAAAAAUUUUAUUUAAAUUAAUAAAUAUUUGUCUAAUCUAUAUUUUAAUAGAUUUUAUAUUUGUUUAUAGUCAAUUAAUAAAUUUAGUGCUGCCUAUUUAUAAUAUCGACCUAAUUUAAAGCGAGAGUCUUCGGUUUGAGGAGAAAGUUGGGGGAUCCUCUCUUUAUUAUAUAAAACUAAUAACUAAAUACAGUUACCAUGAUUUACAUAAUAUAUGGUAACUAAUAUAAAUUCAGUUACCAUGUCAAACAGAAUAUAUAGUAACUAAUAUAAAUUCAGUUACGAAAAUGGAUGUUAUAGAGAAUAUUCUUGGAAUUAAUUUGUUGAAUCCGAAAAUAUAUGAGUUUCCAUUUAUUACUAAUAUAAAUUCAAUUACCAUGUCAAACAUAAUAUAUUCUAUGCGUAGUCAUCAAGUUAAUUUAGUUAAAUCGGAAAAUCUUGUUUCUAUAUAUUAUCUUUUGCAUUUAUUGUAUGUAGCAAUUACGAAAAUAGAUGUUAUAGAAAAUAUUCUUGGAAUUUAUUUGUUUUGAAUCCGAAAAUUUGUGAGUUUCUAUUUAUUAUGUUUUAUAUUUAUAUUUAUAUACCAACUUUGAUAAAUAUCAAUAUUAAAACGUGUUCAUUAUUGGCUGUUUAAAAGGUUAAUAACAUUGAGAACCAAUGAUUUCGAAAUAUGCUAACCAUAUACUAUUGAAAGAAGAAUUCCAUAUAAGACACAAGAAUUAUAAUGAAUAUCCAUAUAUUUGGUUUGUGUUUUUUGGACAACGGGUUUUUGAUGGUGUUAAUAGGGUUUGAAUAGAGUUAGAGUUUGAAUGUAGUCUUAGCGUAUAGGUUAGAACACAAACGAAUAUAGAUAGGUUAGUAAACAUAGACGAAAUGGAUUAAAAACGAUGGAUAAAUUGAUAAAUAUUUUUUAAAUGUAAUAUUUUCAUAAAUUUAAUAUUUUUAAUAGAAAAUUUACAACUUUCUUAAUUGAUUAAUUUUUGUAUGUAGAUUAGUUUGAAAUUUUUUUGCUAUAUUAUAUGUGUUUCCCUUAUAAUGUUAUAUUCUCUAUGUUUUAUUUAGAUUAUUUUUUGGGUAAUGAAAAGAAUGUUAAGGUAUAGAUAUUACAUUUAUUAAAAUAUUGUGAUAUUUUUUUACUUUUUAUUUUAUAACACAAUUUUAAAUUUCAUGUAUACAAAAUUUUCGAGUUGUUAAAGAAAAUUUGUUGCUAUAAUUUAUAAUAAGUCGACUUUAGAACUGAAAUUAAUAAUUUUAUGAAUUUUAUGGGCUUCCAAAUUGAUUUUGUCUCAAAUUAUAUAAAUUGGAAAGAUAUUGUAUUCAUUAAUUUCUGAAAAUCUCUCGAAGCCAAUCAUAACUACUUUUGGAUUUAAGUUACGGUAGUAUAGGAAUAUAAUAUAUUAAUCGAAAUCUGUCUCAAUCAAAUAUAUAUACUUCUGUCCAAGUUAGUAUAUGCAGUGUAGUUAAUAUAUUUUUUGUAGCCCAAGUUAUUCCUUAAUGUUCUAAAGUAUACAUUAAGAAAAUAGUUUAUUCUUUCUUCAAAUUUUAUCAUAUUUUUUAUUUGUUCUAUUUGUUGAGAUUUAUUAGUUCCUAUAAUUACUGAGAAUUGUUACCAUUUAAUUUUUUUUUAAUAUAGAUAGAUCUUGAUGAAAUCUCGAUAGAUACAUAAAUACCAAGUUUAAAAAAAAAAUCGAAAUUAAGAAAAUAAUGAAAAAGUGGGUGUGUUUGAGGAUACAUUAUUGUAUGAAUGUAAUAUAAUAUGUAUAACUGUAAGUUAAAAUUCUAUAGUCGUUCAUUAUAUUAUUAUUUGUAUUAUCUAUCUUAUUUGUAUAAUAAUAUGAAUCUAUAAACUUUUGUUAUAUUAUUAUUUGUAUAAGCCUAAGUUUAAAUCAUUACACAUGCAUGUUUAUAUAAUUGAUAGUUUGUGCAUCUGUUAGGAUUUAGGUGAAACGCAAGUUCAGAGUUAUAUUUUGUAGUUUACGUUAUGUAUAGUAUAAGUUAAUUUUUUGGUUUAAGAUAGAUAGAAAUGAUAUAGGGUAUCAGACCGAGUCUAUAUGUUGACUUAGAUUUUGUAUUAUCUAUCUAGGUACGAAAUAGGAUUAUUCCCGACUGAAUGAGCCUAACAAAACGUAAAUGUAAGUAGAAAAUAGGUUGGGCUUUUUUUUGUCAAUCGAAUAACACUGAAAAUAAUUUAAAUAGGAAAUGGAAUGUUUUAUCAUCUAAUAAGUAAAAGGGGAAUACGCUCAGCGCUCAGACGUCCACGUCGGAUGAAAUAAUCAGCCAAUCCCGUUGCAUCUUUCUUCCACAUCUGUGCUUCGUUGGGCUUCAUUACGAUGGACUUCGUUAUGUUUUAUUUUUGUUAUGUACCUGGCCCAUAAGCCCAUAAGCUUGGCCAAACGGAGAACACCGUAUCGAGCCUCCACAAACCCUAGCCUUAUUUCUCUUGCGCAGACCGCAUCGUGCCUCGACGAACCUCGACGAACCCUAACUUCAUUCUCCCUUGCGCAGACAAAUAUCUCAUCCCUUUCGUCCUUCCCACUUCUUCCCUUUAUCGGUUUCGUCUGUUCAUUCACUCCUUCAUAAAAUCCUCAUUAACCUCCAUUAAUGGAUCCCUUUCGCAUCCCUCACUCUGAUUUCUUUUAUAACCCCGAUCAUUCCACCAGUUUGAUUCCCCGCAAAACUAUCUUCUCUCCCGAUGAAUUCCAACAGCAAAAACUCCGCAUCCGGCGAUCUUAUCUCCAAGAAACCUAACGGGAAGGACGCUGUCUCCUCCGCCGCACCGGUCAAACCCUCCGCCGCAUCGAUGAAACCCUCCGCCGCGGCGAUGAAAAUCUCCGCCGCACCGACGAUCCCCUCCGUCGCAUCGAUGAAACCUAUUGGCCAAUCCGGUGUCUCCGGUGAUUCCUCUUCGACAAAACGUAACGGCAAGGCCGUUGUCUGCUCCGAUGUCCCCUCCGACAACAGCGAUCGCGUCGUGUUCUUCAAAGAUGUGACGUUUGGACCACAAGAAGACGAGUUAAGAUUUCGUCUGAUCCAUUUUUGGGAGGCAAAACACGCAUUCUCGAAGAUACUUAUGGGUCUAGAGAUGCUUCUGGUCGACGCAGAGGGCACUGUGAUUCAGGGAUUCAUCCCACCAUCAAGGAUGGACACUUAUCUACGACACAUGAAGCCCGGUUCCACCUACAGACUUACCAAUUUUUUUGGUUCUAAGACCAAGAAGGUGUACCGGGUUGCUGAUCCAGACGUGACCAUUGCGUUCUCAUGGAAGUCUGUCCUCUCCGAUCUCACAGACACUUCGACUUGGUUUCCUGAAGACCGUUUUCGUUUCCAUGGUUAUGAACAGUUCGAAGCGGCCUGUGACCUCAAAGGGGAUCUGUAUGAUUUUAUUGGUCAUAUCAAAUUGGUGAAUGAGCAGGCUCUUAACGAGAGUUUUGUGCUUGAUGAAGUUGAGAUAGCUUCUGAUCGGCGAAUUUUGGUUCAUGUUCAGACACAUGAUGGUCCUGUGAUGAAGCUCUACAUAUGGGACAAGGUAGCAACAGCCUUUUGCGAGAAGUUUAUAUCGCUUGGAAAACCUCCGAGUGUUAUCAUGGUGACAACUGUGAAUCCUAAGCGAUUAGGAGGUGCUUUGUCUCUGUCAUCCCUAUCAUCUUCACGGGUUUUUUUUUGAUACGGAUGUUCAUCAAACCAGGGAGUAUCUGGCUUGGUAUGUAUUCAUCUUUAUAUUUGCACCGUUUACGUUAAUCUACCGACUGUGUUGCUUAUUUUAUUUUUUGAACAUUUCUAGGCUUGAAUCAAACUCGGAAGUUGCUAAUAGAGUUAAUGCUGAGAUUGUCACCAAGGCUGAGACAGCUACAAUAGGUGAGCUACUCACUUACAUGAAGCAGGAAGGAGCGAAGGUACGACAUCUCAUGCUUUCAUACUUGCAUUGGAAUUAGAUUUGUUAUUGAGUAUCUUCACUGUUGUAAUAUUAUAGGUUGCUUGGUUCGAGUGUACGGCCACCAUUGAUGAUGUUGUGCGUGGCUCAGCUUGGUACUACAUUGCUUGUGGUGGAUGCAAGACUAAAGCUACUAAAGGACCUACCACGCUUAUGUGUAGGAAGUGUGGAAAGACUGAGAUUACUGGUGCUGCAGAGUAAGAAUUGUAAUUAUAUUUUUUGUGUCAUAUACACCACCAACGUCCAUUAUUAAUGUGCAUUUGAAACAGGUAUCUCAGCAAGCUAUCUGUCUAUGACAACAAUGAUCAUGCGAGCUUUGUACUUCUCGGUGACGCUGGGUUUGAGUUAACUGGGAAGAAAGCAUCUGUAUUGGUUGAGAGUUACUAUGAGGUAAUCACAUACCUGUCCAUCGUUCAAUUUUUGGUUGUGUUCUAACAAUUUUUUAAAUUUAUAUAGGCUAAUGAGGGAUCAGGAGAUGAUCAUGUAGUCCCGGUGCCUCAAGUCCUUAUUGACACCAUCGGACAGAAACGCACGUUCGUUAUCAAGAUAUCAAAGCACAACUUGGAAGGCAAGACUCAAGCUUUGACUGUCACCAAGGUACUCCCUCUCGAGGUUCCAGCACUUGGAUACGAUUUAGCCGCCGACGUGGUUGUCUCUCCUACUGCAGAUGAGGGGGUGAAAAGAGG